GCUCUAACUCUCUUGGCUGUCAGGGCUGGUUUUGGACUCUACCCAAGCCAACUGAGUCUUGGAAUCGCCUUAGGUUCACAUCUAGUAGUGAUCUAUGGAAACACAGGGGAAGCUGACAUUAAUAUUUAUCACAUUUGAUUGCAGAUAAACACAUUGGACCAUGUUGCCUGCUCUGCAGCUGUGUAAAUGCCUGAGCUGUAUGGCAGAGGGGGGUAAGGUGAACCUGAUGGUGGUAUGUAUGCUGGGCAGCACUUGGUGAGAGCAUUUCUGCAGAGAUACAUGUGGAGCAGCUGUCAGCAGGAGGUGGCAGGUUGCUCUGGUUGGCACCACCAAUGCUCUAUAGCCCCCUACAGAUAUUUUUUUGCAGCUUGCAGAGGAAACCUCUUCUCCUGUUAAAUCUAAGAAUUGACAAUACAGCUGAGGUUGCUGAAGUGAAUGGGGAGAUGAUGAGAUCCUGGUAUUUUUCUGUGCAGGAUCCAGGAUUACAGACUGGGUUGUUCUCAGAAGGAUUACAGUCUGCACUGUAUUAGAAGAAGGCUUUGGAGAAACUCACAGAAUUGACUCCAUUCACAGCCAGGAUCAAGGGGGCAGGAGGAAUGAAUGGAUGAAUGUCUGCACUCACUUUCUGGAUGCCUGCAGAACAGCAAUCAGAUUGAGAGUCUCCCUUAAUCUCUUUGACCAUACAACAAUGACAGAAGGUUAACCAAGGUGAAUGUGGCAGUAAGAUUUUCCUAUAAGGAUCCUGUCCUAACAUCCUAUAUAAAUACCCUCCAAUAAAUCUUGAAUUAGUGACUAGUGACUUCUGCAAGUGAUGUACGGCAGUCAUUUCUUUCUCGAAGACUCUGUCAACCGAGGUUAACAGGAUUGCCGGUUUCCAACAUGCUGCAAUUCUUGAUGGAAUCUAAAGAAAAUUGGCCAUCUGGAGGGCACCAAGCAACAAGGACAAAGUAGAACGAGAAGAUCCUCAUUAAGUCUCCUUCCUCAUCGAGUACACCUGUUUUCCUUUUCCUUGAGCUUGUGCAGAAAAAAACCUCAAUCAGCUAUUGAGCUAUUGAAGUCAAGGCUUUUAUCGCAACUUCAAAAAAAUGCUCGACCAGAGAAUGAAUUGGCCGCUGCAGUCACUGUUGUCCUUCUGGGUCAAAAAUCAGUUAUCGUCUAACGCUCAACAAAGCAAUAAGACUUGGACCAUUAUGGAGAAUGACAUUUUUAGUUCCGUCAUCUGGGAACAAUACCUAGCGCUGCUGCCCACUUGUCCUGAUCAGAAAUUAAGUGUUUCCCCAAAGCACAAUCCUAAAUAGCUAUCUCCAGAUGAUGAGUACUGUGAGCGGCACAGGGAUGUUAUUCAGCCUGACAACAGUAUCCGUCACCUUAGAUAUCAGUAUACACAAUGGACUGAUGGCCUGGCAUAUCAACAGCAAUGCCACCGUAAAUCAGAGUAUGCCCACAUUGCACCCCUCCAACGCAUCGGAAGAAGAAGGGUCCUCCUACCCAUCACUCGACAAGAACUGGUCCGCCCUCUUGACGUUGAUCAUCAUCAUAUUAACAAUCGGAGGAAACAUUCUCGUCAUCAUGGCCGUCUCUUUGGAAAAGAAACUUCAAAAUGCCACCAACUUCUUCCUCAUGUCUCUGGCCGUGGCGGAUAUGCUGGUGGGGAUUUUAGUCAUGCCAGUUUCCCUUAUAACAAUCCUGUAUGAUUACGUCUGGCCUUUGCCGCAGAAGCUGUGUCCUGUAUGGAUCUCCUUGGAUGUCUUAUUUUCUACGGCAUCUAUCAUGCAUCUCUGUGCAAUCUCCCUUGAUCGAUAUGUAGCAAUACGUAACCCCAUAGAGCACAGCCGCUUCAAUUCCCGCACGAAAGCUAUGAUGAAGAUUGCUGCUGUGUGGACCAUAUCAAUAGGUAUUUCAAUGCCGAUUCCUGUCAUUGGCCUCCAGGAUGACUCCAGAGUUUUUGUAAAUGGGAGCUGUGUGUUGAAUGAUGAAAAUUUUGUACUCUUGGGAUCUUUUGUGGCAUUUUUUAUUCCACUUAUCAUCAUGGUAUUUACCUACUGCUUGACUAUUCAGGUUCUCCAAAAACAGGCUACUGUUUUCAUGUACGAGGAAGUGCCAAAGCAGCGGAAGAACAGCAAUAGUGGCAUAAAAAAAGACAACAACACGGAAAAUAUUUCAAUGAUACAAAAUCACGAGGCAGCAUCUCACUUAAACUCUCCCGUCAACAAGGAGGGGGCGCUGUUUCGAAAAGGGACGAUGCAGUCGAUAAACAAUGAACGUAGGGCUUCAAAGGUCCUUGGCAUUGUCUUCUUCUUGUUUCUCAUCAUGUGGUGUCCAUUUUUCAUCACAAACAUCAUGUCUGUGCUUUGUAAAGAAGCCUGUGAUAAAGACCUCAUGGUAGAACUGUUGAAUGUAUUUGUUUGGGUUGGUUACGUUUCUUCGGGAAUUAACCCCUUAGUCUACACACUUUUUAAUAGAACAUACCGAAGAGCUUUUUCCAACUACAUCUGCUGCCGAUACAAAAACAAAAGGACAGUGAUCCAACAAAACCAAUGCCAUCUAAACCCAGCAUCAACUGCUGUGUAUGGCAAGGACCUUAACUUAAACCAUUACAGGAAUGGCAAUGAACUGAUGAGCAUGGAAAUGGACGAGACGGAGGAGGCGAUAGAAAUGCAGCCUGGGAUUUCAGAAAUAUCAUUAAACAGUUCUAACGUUGUAAGUGAAAGAGUUAGCUGUGUUUGAAAGAAGGUCCAAUCAACCUUCGCUCUUAGGUCAGUUUCGAAUAUUUGUGUAAAAUAAAAAAAUAUAUAUAUUAUAUGUUAUGUCGAAUUCAGAAUAAUGCGAAUAAUGUAAAUAUUUGUUCAUAAAAAUACAAAAAAAGAAAACAUUUUUUUAAGACAUUACUGCAGUCCAGUGCUUCAGUCGAAUGACCCAUUUAAUGGUUCAUUUUUCACAUAGAACAGAUAAAAUAGUGAAUAUUUUGGUUUACUGAUCGGCAGAAUGUGACGGCCAUCUCUUUAACUGCAUGAUAAGUCUGCUUUGAAUAAAUCAUAGGUUGAUAUGCAAAAAAGAUAAUAAACAGCUGCAUAAACAAAGUGAUGCAUUAAAAAGGAGAAUCAUUCCAAGUACCUACCCCUGCUUAGACUAAGUUUGUUUUCUAUUAAUUCAUACCUUUCAAAAUUAGGAACUUGGCUUUUGGGUUAUUGAUGUUUAUUUCCACAUAGUUUAAUGCGUAUUUUUAGAAGUGAACAUAUGGACACCAGCCUCGUAAAGGGGUAGUCGGUCUAAGACAUCUUAUCCCUUAUCCAAAGGAUAGGGGUAAGAUGCCUGAUCGUGGGGGGCCUGGCUAUUGCCCCCCCCCCCCCCAGUGAUCAAAUGGCUGGCACCGCAGCCUUCUGAACAUGGAAGCUUGGAGCCUCCGUGUUUGUGAUGUCAUUCUACGCCCCCUCCAUUCAUUUCUAUGGGAGGGGGUGUGACGACUAGUACAUAGCCACCAUGCCUCUUCCCAUCGACAUGAAUGGAGGGGGCGUGACAGCUGUGGUACCCUGUCAUCCGACGCGGAGCAGAGUUUGCUUCGUGCACGAGGUGACUGGUGUGCCAUGUCAGUGACCCAUCCACGCUCAGACAUCUUUUCAACUUUGGAUAGGGGAUGAGAUGUCUAGGGUGGACUACCCCUUUAAGGACACAGCCAAUUAUUGUUUUCACGUUUGUUUUAUGGGUUUUUUCUUCUCGGAAUAUAGCCAUAACUUUUAUUUUUUUCCAUCAGCAGAGCCAUAUGAGGCCAUGUAUGUGUGCAGGACCAAGGGUACCUUUAAAUAACAUUCUUUAUUUAACCCUAAAA